UUUUUUAAUGUCAUCAAAGAAUUUGAUGUCAACAAGUUAAAAAUAUCCAUUGUCUUUUCUUUUUUUCAAGCAACAAAAUCUCCAAUCCACCAUAGCUUUUUGAUCUCAAGAACCAAAAAAAUGGUGGCAGUGUUCAAUAAAGAACUCUUAAGUUGGUACCUUAUCACACUCAAACUCAGAGAAACACUAGAAUCUCAAGUUCCUCAAUCUUCUAAUACUAAUCCUCCAUUACUUGAAGUUCAAGAAAACACAAAUCAAGAACAAGAGCAGAAAAACUCAGAUCCUCAUCAGAUUUCGAUCAAAGAAGAUGAAGAACAAACUUGUAAAGAAGAAACUAAAUCACCCGACUGCGAAUGGGUGAUUUCCAUUAAAGAAAAGCUCGAACAAGCGAACCAAGACGACGAGGCAGGUUCAUGGGCGAAGCUAUGCAUUUAUAGAGUCCCACAUUAUCUACGAGAAGGUGAUGAUAAAGCCAUUGUUCCGCAGAUUGUCUCGUUAGGACCGUACCACCACGGAAAACGAAGGCUUCGGCAAUUGGAUCGGCAUAAAUGGCGGUCCCUUCAGCAUGUUUUAAAGCGUUGUAAUAAAGAUAUUAAACUGUUUCUUGACUCUGUAAGGGAAGUUGAAGAAAAAGCUCGUUCUUGCUAUGAAGGAAUGAUUGGUUUGAGUAGUAAUGAAUUUGUUGAAAUGAUGGUGGUUGAUGGUUGUUUUGUUCUUGAAUUGUUUAGAGGUGCAGCUGAAGGGUUUAAGCAACUCGGUUAUGCGAGAAAUGAUCCGAUUUUCGCUAUGCGGGGUUCGAUGCAUUCGAUUCAGCGAGAUAUGAUAAUGCUGGAGAAUCAGAUUCCCCUUUUUAUACUUGAUUUGUUGUUAGGACUUCAGUUUGAUAAACCUGAUCAGAAGGGGUUAGUUGCUAAGCUUGCGUUUAGAUUCUUUGAUCCGUUAAUGCCGACGGACGAGCCAUUGACGAAGAGCGAAAAGAAUAAGCUCGAGUCUUCGUUUGGAUAUGCUACUACUUUUGAUCCGUUGGCAGAUCAAGGAGGACUUCACUGUCUUGACGUUUUCCGACAUUGUCUUCUGCGAACAGGUCCGAAACCCGCACCGAGAAAUUGGAUUAGGAAAUGGUCAAGUAAUAAUCGUGUUGCUGAUAAAAGACGAACACAGUUGAUUCAUUGUGUUACGGAACUCAGAGAGGCGGGUAUUAAGUUCAAGAAAAGGAAGACCGAUAGAUUCUGGGAGAUAAAAUUCAAGCAUGGAGUUCUUCGGCUUCCUCGUUUAUUAGUCCAUGAUGGAACUAAGUCGCUUUUUCUUAAUCUCAUAGCGUUCGAGCAGUGCCAUCUCGACUGCGGAAAUGAGAUUACUUCUUAUGUGAUCUUCAUGGAUAACUUGAUAAAUUCUCCAGAGGAUGUUGCCUACCUUCAUUACUGCGGGAUAAUUGAGCAUUGGCUCGGCAGUGACGCGGAAGUAGCAGAUCUCUUCAACCGUCUUUGUCAAGAGGUCGUGUUCGAUAUAAAUGAUAGUUAUCUUUCUCCGUUGUCUCAAGAUGUAAACCAGUACUAUAAUCAUAAAUGGAAUACAUGGCGUGCCAGUUUGGCACAUAAUUAUUUCGGCAAUCCAUGGGCGAUCAUCUCAUUCUUUGCUGCUGUUGUGCUGCUUGCUCUUACUCUAGCGCAGACCUUCUAUGGAGUUUAUGGAUAUUACAAGCCAAGUUAGUUAAGUCUUUCUUUCUAUAUGAAGCUGCAGUUUAGGGUUGCAGACAAAUUAUUUCUAUAAAAUAGUCUGAAUUUUUCAUUUAUGGUUUUAUUUUCGUUUGAUGGAUGUAUUCUAUACCAAAGUUUGAUUGUUUAAUUACCAAAAAUCAACAAGGUUAAUUAUGUCCGGUGGGCAUUAGCAGACGA